AUGAACCUGACUGAUUCUUCACCAUCAGAACUAAUAUUUGGGAGAUAUGGAUUUGUUGAUGAAUCUCCAGCAGUUGCUAUCCCUAUACUUAUGAUUCUAGUUUUUGCGUCACUUAUCGGUACGUUUGGCAACAUUCUUAUACUUAUAACAAUCAUCACGACAAAGAAUUUACAACGCUUGGAAUGUAUCUUUAUGGCUAACCUGGCUUUCUCUGAUAUGUAUGUCACGUUGCUAGCAGAUCCACUGAGUAUAGUAGCCAAACUUGAGGGCGAAGAGUUUUUUGACAAAUUACCAGGAUUUUGUCGGACAGUGGCCUCUGGUUGUACAAUAGCUUGUAUAAACUCAUUAGGAAGUAUCACUCUUCUUAGCUUCAACAGAUACGUGUUCAUAUGUCACCACAAAUACUACUUUCAAAUAUUUCAUAAGAAAACAUGCAUAAUCAUGUGCUGUUGUCUGUACUGCGUCGGAUUAUCAUUGGUCUUGUUGAACUUUGCCGGUAUAGGUGAUCAUUCAUUUGAUAGGAAGAGUUUAGAGUGUAUAUGGGACCGUUUGGAUACAUAUCCAUAUACUGUAAUAUUCUCAGUUGCGUUAGUAUGGAUUCCUGUUAUAAUAGUAGGAUUUUCAUAUCUUGGUAUAUUUCUAUCCGUUCACAAGUCACGUCAAAAUAUAAAGCAUAGCAGUUCCAUGCGGAAGACGUCGUACUCGAGUGGUCUGGCUAGAACUUUAUUCAUCAUAUAUGCAGUUUUCACUACUUGCUGGAUACCAUACGCACUAAUAAUUGUUUUAGAUAGAUACAACACAUUUCCUCACGAAGUUCAUAUCUAUAUUACAGUGUGGGCUCAUUUGCAUCCUUCCUUUAACUGGCUAGUUUAUUAUUUUACAAACACAAAAUUUCAAGCUGCAUUUGACAGGAUAGCCCACUUGGAUAAAAUAUUUGGCAGAUGCAGAAGCGGGCAGAGUAAUGAAGAACUAUCAACAUCGGGAGAACUACAAAAAGCAGAUACGAGUAAACAGCAUCACGAGUCUUCUGAGUUAAGUGAUAUAACAAAAUAAUAAUAUAUAGGACAUAGUCUGGUGGUGGAUAAAAGUAUACCAUGGUUUGUAUCAGAAGUUCGGACAUCCUGAUGUAAUAUAAAUGCGGAAUACGAGUUGAGAGAUAGUAUUUGACACCAGACAUAAAUG